AUGGCAUUAUCUACUUCAAUUUCUGGUUCGCAACAUUGUCAUCCAGUCAUUUCUAUUGAUGGAACAAGUAUGAAGAAUAAGUACGGUGGUACUCUUUUAUCUACUUCAACACCUGAUGUCAAUGAUCAGAUUUUUUCACUAGCCUUUUGUGUUGUUGAUUUUGAGAAUGAUUCCUCAUGGACCUGGCUUUGCAUCCAAUUGAAGAGAAUUAUAGGUGGCCGGAAUGAUGUUGUCAUAGUAUCUGAUAGACAUAAAAGUAUAUACAAAGCCAUAGAGGUAGUAUUUCCCAACGUUUUACAUUGGAUGUGCCUUGUUCAUUUACUUAGGAACCUGAAGUUGAAGUAUAAGAGAAUAGUUGAUACAAUAUUUCAUGCAUAUAGGAAGACUUUUAAUAUUGUAGACUUUGAACACGAAAUGAGUUUGUUGGAAUCUUCUGCCCCUGGUAUACGUGAGGAGCUUGAAUCCGUUGGUUUUGCUAAGUGGUCUCGUGCGCACUCACCAUGUAUGAGAUAUAAUGUCAUGACUACUAAUAUAUCUAGAAGUUUGAAUUUUGCUAUGCUGAAGGCUAGAAAGUUACCAAUAUGUUCAAUACUUGAGAUUUUGCAAAUGAUGUUGCAAAGAUAG